AUGUUUGUUAUGAGCCUGAUAAGACUUUCUGCCCCUGGCCUGGCACUACAAUGUUGGGCUUCAGAGGGGGCUCGCAGAGUUCGCAAUCGAGCAGCGAUGCAGAUGCGAUGCAUUGGCAACCUCACAUCAGGCAACGUUCCGAAGGCGGAGUCCAUCGAAAUGGUCGAGCGCGAUUUUGCGAAUCCCGCCGUGGCUUUCAAGUCCAAGACCUUCCGGGAACUUGCAUUGGCUUGGUGCACGGUCCAAGCGUAUUCUUGCGACCCCAUCGUGCGCCACUCUGUCCACCUCUACGACUGGUCAGUCAAGAUCCUCGGGUCAAGGUUGGCGCAUCUUCUCCUCAAGAAAACGUUGCUCGCUCAUUUCUGUGCUGGUGAGGACUCGCAGGACAUUUUGCCUCAAGUGCGCAAACUUGCCCGACACAAUGUUGGUGGAAUCUUGGAAAAUUGUGCAGAGGCACUGCACCUGGCCAGCACUGACCCCUCCGGGAUUUGCGAGGAGAUCGUCGGGGGACCGAUGAGCAGCCGCAGCUACGAUUACAUGAUCGAGGCACGUUGCGAUGCCUACACCGACAUUGUCCGGUCGACUGUGCAAGCGGUGAAAGAUGUCUCAUUGGACGGCUUUGCAUCCAUCAAGCUGUCUGGCUUGGGGAACCCACAGCUGCUGGAGCGUCUGUCGAGAUGUCUUUCUGAGCGCUGUCGCCUGUACAAGAGGCUGUCGGGUGGAGAUGAUAUAGCAGCAGAGCCAUUCUACGUAAUGGAUCGGACUUCCGAAAUGGAUUUCGACAUGUUUAAGACGGGUUGGUUCAAGAUUUUCGAUGAUACAAGUGAGGCGGAGGUGCAGUCCAUGUUUCAGGCCAUGGAUGCGGAUGCGGAUGGGUUGAUCAACUACUUGGACUGGUCCUCAACUGUCACGUUGUGGGAGAUCAAGAAGAGUGUGAGAAGGUGCAAGCAUCGAGGAGAUAUGCACCAUGCGACUCUCAACGAAGAGGAGCUGCAGCUCUAUGGAAAGAUGCUUCGCCGAGUGCAACGCAUUAUUGACCUGGCUCAGGAGCUGGGCGUGUGUGUGAUGAUCGAUGCUGAACAGACUGCUAUUCAGCCAGCGAUUGACCAAAUCACCAUCUCCAUGCAGAGGAUGUACAACACGGGCGAUUUGCCUCUUGUUUUCGGCACCUACCAGACGUACCUGAAGGGUAUGCCCUUGAGAGUCCAGCGAGACCUGCAGCGAUCUAGGCGAGAAGGGUGGCACUUUGGAGCAACGCUUGUGCGUGGUGCGUAUAUGCCUAUAGAGCGUGAGAAUGCAGAGCGGCGGGGACUGGAAUCUCCGAUUUGUGAGGGCUACGAGGAGACAGAGGACAAUUUCCACAGAGCAAUUGAUAGUGUUUUGGAGCACAUGGUGGAAGCUGGCAAGGGCCCGGGUGGUGCUGCCGCUGCAGAGGUCAUUGUUGCGACUCACAAUCGCGGCUCCAUUGAGCGGACAAUCCGCAAGAUGGCAGAUCUGGGCGUGAGCCAGGACCGCGUGGGCUUUGGUCAGCUCAUGGGACAAGCAGACCACCUCACCUUCGUGCUGGGGAAACAUGGCUACAGGGUCUACAAGACAGUUCCAUAUGGGCCAGUCGAUGAGAUUGUCCCCUAUGUCGUUCGAAGCAUGCAGGAGAAUCGCACGAGACUUGGAUCGCCUUGGGCCAUGGCCGUAGAAAGGCAAAUGCUGGGGCAGGAAGUGGCCAGGCGGCUGCGACCGUUUUAG